AACACCUCAUUUACAGACUGAAAAUACUUUAAUGCAAAGAGUCAAGAAAUGUUUGACCUGCAGUCAGUGUGGAAAGAGUCUGGCAAACAAAAAGAGUCUCAAUCAACACAUGAUGAUUCACACUGGAGAGAAACCAUUCACAUGCACUCAAUGCGGGACGAGUUUCAGACACUCAUUAUCCCUUACUCAACACAUGAUGAUCCACACUGGAGAGAACCCGUUUUCAUGCACUCAUUGUGGGAAGAGUUUCAGACUCUCAUCAUCCCUUAAAGAACACAUGAUGAUCCACACUGGAGAGAGAAAACACAGAUGUGAUCAAUGUGGCAGAGCAUUUUUUAGGGCAUCAACGCUGAAACGUCAUCUCAGAACUCAUACAAAGGAGAAGCCUUAUUCAUGCUCUGAGUGUGGAAAGAGAUUUACAACACAGUCAAACUUAAAACAACAUCAGAAGAUCCACACUGGUGUAAAGGAGUAUAUGUGCUUUGACUGUGAGAAGACUUUCAUUAAACCUGAACAUUUGAAACUGCACCAGAGGAUCCACACUGGAGAGAAACCGUACAAGUGUUCACACUGCGACAAGAGAUUCGCUCAUUUAGAAUAUCAGAAAUUACAUGAGAGGACUCACACUGGAGAGAAACCUUACAAGUGUUCACACUGUGAUAAGAGAUUCAGGUCUUUAGCACAUCGGAAUCGACACCAGAAGAUCCACACUAGAGAGAAACCGUACUCAUGUGAUCAGUGUCUGGAGAGAUUCACACACUCACGGCAGCUUAAGAAACACCUGAAAGUCCACACUGGAGAAAAGCAGCACACAUGACAUCAGUAACUCUAAACUCAUUUCCAUUCGGGAUUCACGUUGAUCAUCUUUCAGUUCGUGUCCUCUGUAGCUCCCUGAUUCAAUAAAGGAUUGACUCUA